UUAUGUGAUAUAUGUUAUUAUAUAUAAAUCUGUUAGAUUCCAAGAAAGGCGCAGCAGGUGCUACACCAGGUGCUGCUGGUUCAGGAAAUCAGGGAAUGCCUGAUCCAAUUGGAGCAUUGCAAACACUAGCAAGACAAGGGACUGGAAAUAAUCAAAUGAUGAAUAUGAGUGGACCAGGAACUAAUCCUCAGGGAAUAAUUCCACAACCACCUACAAACACUGCUACUAAUUUGUUGCAAAGCUUAAAUCAACGUCCUGGACAGCCUAUGACCAUGCAAGGCAAUAGAAUGGGCAUGAUGCCUACUCAAGCUGGUGGACCAAUAAAUCACAUGGGUCCAAUUCAAACCAUGCAAACCAAUUCCUUACUGACACAAAUGAAUCCAGUGGCACAGGGAAAUAUGUCUCAGCAAAUGAAUCAAAUGGUUCCCAGUCAAAUGACACAAAUCAGUACAGGACAAAUGCAACAAAAUAUGCAAACUCAAAUGCAAACACAACUGUCAAAUCAAAUAGGUAAUCAAAUUAAUGGUUCAAUAAGUGGAAUUCAAACAAGUAUGCCGCAGCAAAUGAAUCAAAUUGCUCCGGGACAAUUAAGUGGGCAAAUGCAACAACAGUUAAAUCAUAUGCAAAGAAAGCAGGGCGAAAUGAUAAAUGUGGGUUUCCCUGGUCCGCGAAAUGUUACGCCAAACCAAUUUCUAAGUCAAAGUCCGUCACCAUCUGCUCCAAGCCCGGCUGCUUUAGGUGCACCGUCAAGCAAUCAAAUGGUGGCAUCACCAGCGUUAGUUCCAUCACCAAAUCCCCAACAUGCUACCAUGGCCGGACCACAACGAUCUGUAGGUAUGGUACCAUCUCCUAGCAGUUCUUUGAAUACGCCCGGAGGUGUAGGAGCGACUCCAAGCCCCCAACAAGAAGAUCAAGCAUAUAGAGAUAAAGUUAGACAAUUAAGUAAAUACAUAGAACCACUAAGAAGAAUGAUUGCUAAGAUGAGCAGCGAUGGAAAUGUUGACAAAAUAAGCAAAAUGAAGAAGCUUCUAGAAAUUUUAUUAAACCCCACUAAACGGACGCCGCUAGACACAUUAUUAAAAUGUGAAAUAGUUCUAGAAAAGUUAGAUUUUAAGCGGGGUGACGCAAGCGUACGGCCUCCAGUAACGACACUGAAAGAACAUCAUUUCUUUAGUCCGCUUUUGGAAGCAGUGAGCACUCAUCUCCAAAGCCCUGUUGUAAAUCAUACGUUACAACGUACUUUUGGCCCGUGUCUAGAAGCUUUGUUCGGACCAGAAAUAAAAUACUCUUUAUGUACAAUCAGAAAUUUACCACCGCCAUUGAAGAAACAGAAAAUAGAAGAAUAUCCUAGCGAAAUACCAGAUGUAUUACAAGGUGAAAUAGCGCGAUUGGAUCAACGAUUCAAGGUCAGUCUUGAUCCCGCGCAACAAACUGGCUCAAAAUGUAUUCAGUUGAUCUGCUGGUUGGAUGAUCGUCAUCUUCCAUGUGUUCCACCAGUAUCUGUCACUGUUCCUGCCGAUUAUCCAUUGACACCACCGCGUUGUGUGAUGGCACCCCAUGAAUACGCCACGACAUUCCUCUCUGCUGUUCAGAAGGCUCUGAACGCUCGCAUUACGAAACUUCCUCGACGUUUUUCCGUAUCCCAAUUAUUAGAUACAUGGGAAAUGAGUGUAAGACAAGCUAGCGCACCUUCUCAAAUACCUGUUACUCCUACUACCGUAUUAAUGGGUUUGUAAUACGUCCUUGUAUACAGUAUAUUUAUAAAUUUAAAACAGUUGUGAAAUAAAUAUCUCAUCAUCUAUUA